CCUAAUUUUUUAUUAUAAUCUAACAUGCAAAUCAAAUCAGUAAGAUCAGCAUUAAUAACUAAUUACGAAGUAUUAAGACUUUUAGAAGAAUGUCAAGAAGCACAAAUGCGAGAUCAAAAAUUAGAUCCUACGAUAGAAUAUCCUGAACAUUUACGAACAAUUCAAUAUGAAUUAACAGAAUAUUUAAGGCAAUCACCAGUAAAUACACAGACACCGGAUCAGAUAUCGAAUUUUUUACAAGCAUUAUCUAAAUAUGACUUGACAAAAGCAGAAAAAUUACAAAUCUUAAACCUUCGACCAAAAAGUACAGUUGAAAUAUACUUGAUUAUUGAAGAAUGUGAGGAACGUUUUAGUGAAGAAGAUUUAGAGGAUAUGAUUAACUGUGUUGUUACAACAUUACCUAGAGAUGAUGAUUAUGUAGAAGAAGAGGAACAACAAGAGGAACAACAAGAGGAAGAUGCAAUGGAGGAAGAGGAAUAUUGAUAGUCUAUUUAAUGUACAACGUGACACACCUUAUCUUUUUUUUUCUUUUGUAAAAUAAAAAGCCCUCCUACAUUUCCCUUUU